AUGCUCAUCAAUGCCUGGAUUCCGUCAAACAUUCCAUACUCAGCUGUGUUGGUUUCUUAUGCUAAUGUUCCUGUUAUGUGCAGCCAUCUCCAGCGGUAUCAAGUACCUCCUCAAAACUUCAAGCCAGGGAGCUGCAACUCAACUAUAUAUGGCUCUUCAUCCGCAAGUGAAAGGUGUAUCAGGGGAAUACUUCUAGAACAGCAACAUAUCCAAACCAGGUACUGGCGUACUGCUCCUGCUCAAGAUGAUGAGUUGGCUAAACAGCUCUGGGAUUUCAGCAUGAAGUUGAUCAAGACCCAGUAG